AUGAACCUCAUCCUCAUGAAAUCAACCCCGAUUCUUCACCAACUCCGCAUCGAGGAGAAGCUCCUCCGAUCUUCUUCCGAGAAUUGGUGCAUCAUCAACGAUGGCACCUCCGAUCCUACUAUUGUUAUGGGGGUUUCCGGGAAGGUCGCGGAGCUUGUAAAUGUUGAGCCUGUGAUCCGUGAUGGAAUUCCGGUGAUCAGGAGGUUUAGUGGAGGUGGCACUGUCAUUGUCGAUGUUGGCACGGUUUUCGUCACUUUGAUUUGCAGCAAGGGUGCUGUUCCUGGAUUGCAGCCGUUUCCUCGUCCUAUUAUGGAUUGGAGUGGGGGAUUGUAUGGAAGAGUGUUUGAAGGUUUUGCCGAUUUUCAUCUUCGUGAAAAUGACUACGCAUUUGGGAACCGUAAAUUUGGUGGAAAUGCUCAAUCUAUUACCAAAGAUCGGUGGAUUCACCACACAUCGUUCCUAUGGGACUAUGAUGUCAAGAACAUGGAGUACUUGAAACAACCCAUGCGAGCUCCUAAAUAUCGAUUGGAAAGACACCACCUAGAUUUUUUGUGUAGAAUGAAAGAUUAUUUGCCAUGCCGAUCAACUUUCAUCGAGAAAACCAUUGCAGCUCUUAGCAGCCAUUUCACUGUAAAACCUGUAGACAAGAAAAACAUCACUGAUCCUAUUGAUACUAAGCACGUGAGUUCCACCAAGUUGUUAACAAAGGAGGACCUAGAAGCAGCACUUUCAUCACCACAUGAAAGCUCAGUAGUCCAGCAGCUUCAAUUGUGACAAACAUUCAAUAUUUAGAUACAUGAUAUGUGUGCCUUAGAACUGCGUCGGUUCUCUGAGAUAUUUCCUUCAAAGUGUUCCUACUCCGAGGAAAUCAAUGAAAGGCAG